AUUUCAAAAGAGUUAAGGAAAAUUUUGACUUGUUUGUUCUUUCUAACUAACUCAAUAAUCAGCAAAAAUGGCUUUACAAGACGUUGUUACCCGUGAAUACACCAUCAACAUGCACAAGAGAUUGCAUGGUGUUCACUUCAAGAAGAGAGCUCCAAAGGCCGUCAAGGAAAUCAAGAAGUUCGCCACUUUGCACAUGGGUACCACCGAUGUCAGAUUGGACCCAAAGUUGAACGUUCAAUUAUGGAAGAGAGGUGUCCAAGGUGUUCAAUACAGAUUGAGAGUCAGAAUCUCUAGAAAGAGAAACGACGAAGAAAACGCCAAGGAAAAGUUGUUCGCUUACGUUGAACCAGUCUCCGUUGCCACCACCAAGGGUUUGCACACCGUUGUUGUUGACGAAGACGAAGCUUAAAUUCUUCACAUUAAUAAAUAAGGUUUAUAGUGAUGUACAAUAAGGAUUUAUCGAGAAG